CUGUUCAUUCUGAUUCAUCAUUCAUUUCGUCAAAUAAUUACUAAACGACGUCAUUCAUUUCUCGAUAAUUCAAUUUCCAUUCAGUUUCAAUUAGCUAUAUGUUGUUUUGUUGAUAACUCAGUAGACGCCUAUGUUUACAUUCUAUAUAAAGCAACUACCGGAUAGAGUUUUAUCUGCUCAGCGUCAAAAACUAAUCAAAGGGCGAGUAGGUAAUUUGAUAUUAAACCUUGUGCAACAUUGAAACAGUCAAAAUGUCUUUGUACCCAUCGCUUGAAGAUAUGAAAGUAGACAAUAUGGUGAGGGCCCAAAUGACUCAACAGCACGGUCCGCCACCUUACCAGACGUAUGAGUCAAUAGGAGCGCCUGGUGGGCCCCAAGCAGCUCCCAGUGCACCUAGACAAGUUUAUCCUGCUUUAGGUGAAUACAUGGGCUUAGAGCUUUCAUCUGACAUUAUUGCUCUAAACAUGCCUGAGUACCAGAUCCAAACAGUUCAACCUUCUGGAGCAGUAUGCAAUAUAGUUGCACCUCUUUCAUCACAGUCUCCCAGCUUGUUAAAAGCAACAGUUACUCAAGGAAUAAGACCAGUAAUUCUCUGUAAAGAUAAAGAUGGUAAAUGUGGAUUGAGAUUACAUUCAGUUAAUGAUGGAGUGUUUGUAUGUUAUGUUGCCGCGGGUAGCCCUGCUGCCUUAGCUGGAUUAAGAUUUGGUGACCAGAUAUUAGAGAUCAAUGAUGUUGCUCUAGCAGGAAUGACUAUGGACCAAUCUCAUGCACUCCUAAAAAAAGCAUCUGUUAAUGGUAUCAAAAUGGCUGUUCGUGACAGGCCUUUUGAAAGGACUGUUACUUUGCACAAGGAUUCUCUUGGUCACAUUGGCUUCCAAUUUAAAGAUGGAAAAAUAGUUGGACUUGUAAAGGAUUCCUCGGCUGCACGUAAUGGAUUGUUGACUGACCAUCAAUUACUUGAAAUAAACACUAUAAAUGUGGUGGGCAUGAAAGAUAAGGAAAUAUCAAAGGUUAUUGAUGCAAGUCCCUCAGUUGUAAAUGUAACUAUUAUUCCGCAUUAUAUUUACAAACAUAUGAUAAGCAAAAUGUCAAGCAGCUUGUUCAAGGAACUGGACCGUACUCCAGCCGUAUAAAGAAAUAUAUUAAAAAGUUAAAUGUCUGUAUGGAAUAUUUUAAAAAGAAGCACUACACUUUAUUCUAUAGCUAUUCUAUUAAGCACAUAUUUUUCAUAAUUAUUUGUCAUAAUUUUAAUAAGGUAUAACUUAUCAAAUAAUUAAUUUACUGUUAUCAUAUAGCUGAAUCACCCGUAAUGACAAAUUUUGGUAGGUGCAGAGGGCCACAUUUGGGCUAUAAUUUUUUUGGUUACUGUCUUAUUUCGCCUUAGCUUUGGUGCUCCAUUUAUGGCUGCUCCAUUUAUGGCAUUAUUAAUGAUUUUAAAAUGUAUGACCAUCACUUAUUUUUUAGUUUUUAUAUUAUAAUAGUCAGUAAGGGCUGUGAAGAUACUAGAGUUGCUAAUAUAUUUGUUCAAAAAUUGAUGGGAAAAUUAAUCAAAAUUUACAGUAUUUUUUCGCUUUAGAAAAUUUUAAAUGUGUGUAAAAAUGUUGAUGAAUCCUACAAAUACAUCAAACUUCUAUUUCUGUAUGUUAAUUUAAAUUCUGAUCAAUUACUUAUAUUUUUAUCUUACACAAGAUUAGAGUAUCAUUAAAUCAAUAUUAAAAUCAGAAUAUAUAAAUGCAAAUAAAUAUUUAUCAGUGCUACAUUAUCAAGCAUUGACACUGGUGCACUCAACUUAUUGUUAGCAUUUUUUUUUUUUUACAAAAAUGUUAUAUUUGUUAUGCAACAUAUAUACACCGAAUAGUGUUACAAAUAAAUUACGAAAGUUGCAUUAUAGUUCUUAAAAAAAAACAUGUUAACUUGUUAUUGAAUUAUAUGAUUAUGAAAUUGAAAACGAAAGUAAAGCCUUUAAAAUUGAACUUAUAAUAACAACAUUAUUAUCUUUGCAACUUAAAUUUUAUUAUUCACAUUCCUGCAACAAUUAUAAUAAACCUUUCUUAUGAAUUAACGGACAUACAAAUGACUAGUUAAUAUAAGUAUAGAUAAGAAUAGAUUAUUGUCACGUUUUGAAUAAGAUAAAUUUAUAUUGAGCUGAACAUACAUACAUAAGUAAAAGACUUGCAACUGCUAAAACACACAAAUCUUUGACUUUUUUUAAAUAUUUGUCUAUUUCUUCAGUAGAUUAAUAUUUAAUAUUUUUAAUAAGACGAGGUAAAUAAUUCAUAAUGAAUAUUAUUGUUCCCCGUGACCCAAAGAGAUUAUUUGUGCCAAUAUUAUUUUUCUAAUUUUUUUAUGAAAUGUGCAAGGAAAUCGAAUUGCCUAAUGAUUUAAAUUUCGUGUGUUGUUUCUUCAAAAUUUUUCUUAGAAUUUUUUUUUAUUCUAAAAAGUUAUUCUAUUACCUUUAAUUCUUAAUAAAUUUCAUCUUGUUACUUUAUUAACGAAAUGUGUGAAUUCGAAUCUGUUAAAUGCAACAUUUAUAGAAUAAGUAAUGAUAAGAUUUUUUAUUACUGGAUAUUAAAUUUAUAUUAGCCA